CGCCGGAUCCAGGGCGCGCCCUUCAAGGUGCUCGACGCGCCGGGCCUGAGCGACGACUUCUACCUGGAUCUGGUGCACUGGAGCUCGUCGAACGUCCUCGCCGUGGGGCUCGGGUCCAAGGUUUAUCUUCGGAGCCCGCGGAGCGCAGCGCGGGAAAAGGGCGCGACCUCGCGCGUCGACGAGCUCUGCGACGUCGGCGCGCGCGACGCGGUGUCGUCGCUCGCCUGGAACGCGCGGGGGUCGCUCCUGGCCGUCGGGUCGCGGUCCGGGCGCAUCGCCGUCUGGGACUUUGGGAAUGUCGCACUCUUUUCCUGCCCAGGCGACGCGCCGGGCCACGGCGCGCGCGUGGGCACGCUGUGCUGGCGCGGCGACGCGCUGGCGUCCGGGAGCCGGGACCGCGCCAUCUGCUGCCGCGACGUGCGCGAGCCGCGGAGCAACUACGCGCGGCUCCGCGCGCACCGCCAGGAGGUCUGCGGCCUGCGCUGGAGCCCCUGCGGCGACUUCCUCGCGUCCGGCGGCAACGACAACGACUUGAAGGUCUGGGACGCGCGGCGCCUGCUGCAGUCCUUCGGGGACCACGUCGCGGCCGUCAAGGCCAUCGCCUGGUCCCCCCACAAGCGCGGCUCCCUGGCGUCCGGCGCGGGCACGGCGGACCGCACGAUCAAGUUCUGGGACGCGCGGACCUGCGCGCUCGUCGACAGCGUCGACACGGGCAGCCAGGUCUGCGCGCUCGCGUGGUCGCGGUCCGUCGACGAGCUCGUGUCGACGCACGGCUACUCGCUGAACCAGAUCUGCAUCUGGAACGUGCCGAGCCUGACGAACUACGCGACGCUCACGGGCCACUGCCGCCGCGUGCUCUACCUCGCCAUCUCGCCGGACAACCAGACCAUCGUCACGGGCGCGGGCGACGAGACGCUCCGCUUCUGGUCCUGCUUCCCGGGCGCGCGG